AUGGAUCCUAUCAUCCCCACCGUCGACUUUGCUUCUGAUACUCCAGAGAAGCAAGCGGAGAUUAUAAAAAAUGCUCUGGGUUCAGUAGGCUUCUUUGCCGUUCUUAACGCUGGACCGAAAGUCGAAGAUACAGAGGCCAUGUUUGAGCAUUCAAAAUCGUUCUUCUCCUUAUCGAUGGCAGACAAAGAAUUAUACCUCGCAGGUAAAUCAGGUUCAGGAUAUACGAAAUUACUUUCACAAGCUCUAGGUGAAGGCAAGAGGGAUCAUAAAGAGACAUUUUCCUAUGGUAAAUAUUGUUCAUUGGAAGAACAACCUAUGCCAUCUCCAUUUAAAGAUGAUUCAUCGAUUUACGAAACCAUCAAAAGGUUCUAUGAUGGUUGUCAUGAAGUCAGUGAGAGGCUGAUGGAGCUGUUCGCAUUAGCUUUGGAGUUGCCAAAAGAACAUUUCCGUCAAUCGCAUUCUUACGGAUUGAACACUGCAAUGUCAUUAAUCCAUUAUCCAGCUUUGAGUAAAAAUGAAGAAAUGAAAUUGACUGAAAUGGAUAUCCGAGCUGGAGAGCAUCGAGAUUGGGGAACAUUGACAAUGUUAUUCCAAUCAUCAACACCUCAACCUGGCUUACAAAUCUCCCUACCACGAUCAAUCAUUCACGCAAAUAAUCCUUCUCGUAAGAAUGGAAAUGAUUACGAAGACACAUAUGAAUGGUAUGAUGCACCUGUGCCUGCAAAGGGAGGGUUCUUGGUCAACGUUGGAUUAGGUAUGGAAUUGUGGUCAAAUGGGAUGUACAAAGCUACUUUGCACAGAGUCAUCUUUCCAGUAUCAGAAGGGGAGAAAUCCGGAACGACAAAAGACAGAUACUCAAUGGCUUUCUUCGUACAACCUGAUGAUAAUGUUGCUUUCCAACCUAUAUUACCAGGGGGAAAAAUCGAUAAUACCAUCAAAGCAAUCACUUCUGGAGAAUUGUUCAAUAGCAAACUGCAAGAAAGUAUGGAUAGGUUCAAAGCAAUUCCCAAUGUAGCGUGA